AUGGAAAGUGGAGUGCUUGACAAGUUUGAGCAAGACGUCCAGCAGAAUCAUCAGUCGUUCAAAUCGUGGUGGGGGUAUAUAGAUUUAUUUGAUGACACGCAUUUCCAAGAGAAGCGGAUGAUAUACGUUCGUGCCUUGAAAGAACUUCCCAUGAGUUACAAAUUAUGGCACACCUUUCUCCUAUCCUCCGAGCGUGAUGCACGGGGCACCCCUCUUGAAAGUCCGACUCGUCUAGAAUUAACUCAAAGAUACGAGGAGAGUGUAGUUUACAUGUCGAAGAUGCCAACAAUCUGGAAGAAUUACAUUGAGUGGUUAUACACCAAUUGUGAGAUCACUCAAAUGCGGCGAGUCUUUGAUCGAGCCCUUCGGUCAUUACCAAGUGGUCAGCAUAAGAUUCUAUGGGGUGUUAUAAUGAAGUACAUUGUCUCUUUAGAUUCCCCAAAGCUCUUUAAUAAUAUGGUUACCCGUCAUCUGAAAUAUGACCGGAGCUUGUCGGUUGAAUAUGUCAAAGUUUGUAUAGAAAAGGGAUCUCUGUAUUUGCCGACAGCGGCUUCGAUAUUAAUCAAACACUUAGGAAGCACUUGGAGAGUCCGAAGAGAAGAAUAUGAAUUGUUAGUCCAAGUGAUUGAGAAUGGCGGAGCUGAUGACGUUGUUGAUGUUGAAAGUGUUUUACGCCAUGGCAUCAACGAAUAUAUCAAUGACUCGGGAAGACUGUGGGUUGGGCUUGCACGAUGGCACAUCCGGCAAGGGCGAGUUGAGAGUGGCAUAGUUGUAUUAGAACAAGCGAUGGAAGAAGUAGUGAGUGUGCGAGAUCUUUAUAUAGUACGUGAAUGUUAUGAAGCGGUGAUAUCGAGUCUCUCACAAAAUUCGAAUGACACCGACAAAGAUGAUAAUCAACGUAUCGUACACGAGAGAGGGGAGACUGUUUUGGCACAUGUGAUGAUGCAAGUCAAUGGAGUUUUAUUAAGGAAAAAUCCUGAAGAUGUUAGUGAAUGGAUAUCGAGGAGUCAUAUGUACAUUGAACAAGGCGAUGUUGUCAGUGCAGUGGAUACAUUAUUAGAAGGAAUUAAAACAGUGAAAGAAGGAAUUAAUGGCACAAAGAGUGACAUAUAUAGUGAACUAAUUUCAUGGUAUAGUAGGGCUGGUAAAUACGAAGUAGUCAAUUCUUUAUAUAAUAAAGCUAAAACGGAGUCCCUGAGUCAAGAAGAAGAAGGGAAGUUAUCAGAAUUGAUAGUGAAAGACUCAGUGAAGAGAGGAGAUGUGACAAAAGCACUUGAAUACGUUGAAGAAGCGACGUUGAAAAGUAGUCGUAUAAAACGGGAAGGGAGUGUGUGGAGAGCAUACCUCGCUGUUGAAAAAACACGGAAAGGACUUUUGGGGAUAGUUUCAGUAUAUGAGAAGAUGAUAGAAAUUGGGUGUAUUACAGCUAGAGAAGUCUUGGAAUAUAUUGACCUUAUUACUAAAGAAGGUAAAGCGUUGGGAAUUGAAGACACUGUGUGGAGCAUUUACGAGCGAAGUAUCUUGAAAUUCACAUAUCCGAUUGCCGGGAAAUUGUGGAUGAAAUACUUUGACGACUUUGUAUCGAAAUAUGGAGAGACGAAAGUGGAGAGGUGUCGUGAGUUGUAUGAGUCGGCUCUUUUGAAAUGUCCGGCCGAGUUCAAGUUAGAAAUUAGUAAGAAGGCCGUUGCAUUUGAAUCGACGAAAAACUCGAGUUAUCGUGUCAUAGAGUUAUAUAAGAAAAUAGUGAAAGAAGUGAAUCCCGAGUCGUUGUGUGAAACAUAUCUUUUAUAUGGACAAGCAGUGAAUGAAUUAGAAGGGAGUCAAAGUGCACAAAAAGUGUAUGAAGAAGGAGUUUUAAAAGUUGGAAGGAGAGAGGAGUGGAGACUGUACUUGGAAUGUGCAAAGUGUUUGAUUGAAAAUGAAGACGUUGACAAUGCAAGAGAUAUGUUUGUGAAAGGGGCGAAGAGGUGUAGUGUGAAAGAACAUCCGGAAUUCUGGAAUACUUGGAAUGACUUCGAGGAACAAUUUGGAAAUGAACUCACGUAUAAAGACCUUCUUGUUGCAAAGGCAGAUGUGAUGGGAUACUUCGGUGAAAAUUGA